GCCAUCAUGCCUAUUCUGAAGCAGCUCGUGUCCUCGUCCUCCCAGUCGAAGCGGCGCUCUCGUUCAGACCUGACUGCGGAGAUGAUCAGCGCACCCCUGGGAGACUUCCGCCACACUAUGCACGUGGGUCGAGGAGGUGACGCGUUCGGGGACACCUCCUUUCUUAGCAGCCGCUCCGGAGAGCCACCAAAGGAGCCCGAGGUACAGCAGAGCUCACCUAAACAGAGCCUUCUUUCCCGUACCUUCCGAAGCAGCAAGCGCUCCCAGUCGGCAAAUCGCGACAAGCCUGACAAAUCCAAACUGGAGCCGCCUGGUGGUUCGCCGAGUUAUGUCAAAACCGCAAUCUCGCUGCCGUAUUUGAAUGAUGAUGAUGCAGGACGAGGUACUGGAAUGCACCUUCCUAAAAGUGUGUCCUCGAGUCCUUUAAAGAAACUUCCAGAAGACGAAAUAAAGCCGGUUAAUGGAGCCACGGCGCCCACUGUAUCCGACUUGGAGCUGGAUGAGAAGAAUUUCGGCGAGCUGACUGACUUGCGUCCGUCGGUUCCUUACACCGGAGGCAUGAAGCAUGCCGAGUCCAUCAUGUCCUUCCACAUUGAUCUCGGCCCCUCCAUGCUAGGAGAUAUCUUGAGCGUAAUGGACAAGAAAGGCUUCGAAGAUGACGAUCUUGGAUUCGAAGAGGGGAAGAGUAGCGAGGGACGUAGCUCGCCACCUCAAAGCCCUCCCAACGAGGUUGAAGAAGAAGAUCCGCUUCCUCCAGUCAGGCCUCCACGCCAAAGGCCAGGCACCAAUCCUUACACUCCAGAGCUCCAAACCAGGAACCAUCAACACCUGGACAGCUGUUCCCUCUCCAGUUCAGGGUCCACCGUGCUGGACGAGAAACCCCACAAUCAGAUGUACGAGGCCAACAUGAACAACAUCAAGUACAGCUCACCUCGAGUUCAAGACGACAGGGACUUCUCCUACAUGGAUGAUGAGGACGAUGACGAGAUCAGGGUGUAAAGUGAACUGUAGGGUGCCAGAACAGUCUUUGCAAAGACUAAAUGAAGUGGUGGAGGUGGGUUGUGGUCGUUUGAUGGAUGUAAAGCUCACACACUGACUUGGAGGACUGAUUUUAUAAUGGGGAUGAAAGGGAAAACGUACGUUUUAGCCCUUUAUAAUGCUUUUUCACUACAUUUUCUAGUUCAGGUAUACAAACCCUCUGUUACUAGUGACUUUCACCAGAGCCACCACAGCUGUGAGAGGAAUGUGCUUGCAUGUUUGCCUAUGCCGAGGCGAGGGAAUUCCAUUAUAAAUGGUAAUUGCAGUCUCGUGAGUAUCAUUAAUGAAUUCCAGUGUUGACCACUUGGAAUGCCAAUUCAGGAGGUUUGUGUGGGACCAAGCCUCACAUUCUCCCAUGAUCGACGCAGUACAUUUGCUUAUGCCUUUAAUGCCAACAGUCUUAAGUUUCCUAUUUUUUACACCUUUGAUUUCAUCUUUAAGUUAUAUCCUACAUUUUGCCUUGUAUGCAAAACCGUAAUGAUGAAGUGAUGAUUGGAAAACCCAUAAAUGUGUUUAACAGAAUGCUUUAUGUCUGGCAUAUGUUACCUUUUUGCCAUCGGGUGGUGUUUAUGUAGUAGAUCUGGACUUUGUCAUGUGUCCAUACAUGUUUAAGAGGAUUUCCUGUCAGGUCACAUGAAAUCUUGGAGAAUUCAAACUGAUGGGAUGCAGAAACCGAAAGCAGUGGUGUAGAAUCAGUCCAAGUGGAACUAAUGACGACUUGUCAAUUUUGUAUGUGUGUGUGAAUGAGGUUUGAUGUCAAGAGGGCUGAAGAGUUUAUUUGAUUAUCAUCGUAUAGGCUCAGACAUGAAGAGCGUAGCUCUCUUAUUCCGGGUCUAGCAUAGUGCCUCGAUCUUCAAACUGUGCUCAUCAGCAGAAGUGGCUCUGGAGGGUUUUCAUCUCUGAAUGACUCUUAUAGUUCUUUGUGUUCUGUCUUUAGGCUUGAAGAGAGAUCAACACCCCGUGAUGAGACUGUAACUUUUAUAGCCACUCUGUGAGUUAGUGCCAUACCCUUUGCGUCAGUAAAAUGUAGUCAAAAAUGUACUUAAUUAAAAUUCUUUAACAUCUACAAAAUGUACUCAAACUUGAUUCACUACAUUCUAAAAAAUGCAGGGUUAAAUUACAACCCAGCGCUGGGUAAAAUAUGAACAAAACCCAGCGACUGGUUUGCUACACAGAAGGUUGGGUUAAAUAUUUAACCCAACCACUGGGUCAAAACAACCCAGUUGCUGGGUUUGUCCAUAUUUAACCCAGCAUUUCUUAGAGUGCGUGCAAUUUUAUUUUCCAGAGUUAUGGUAAAAUUUCCACUAAUUUUCCUUGAAAAUGUGAAGUAAUUUCUGCACCAUCAGCAGCACUAAAAUAGAAUCUUUACAUAGAUUGCAAUUCCAUAACAACCAAUCAUGGGAUUUUGAAGGCGGGACUAAAUAACGUGUUAUUUUUGAAAUUCUGGCUGCUACAGAAAUUACUUCACAUUUCGGUCUUGAUUAUGAGACUUUCACAAACUAUGCUAACAAUUAGCAAAUUGGCUCAGAUACUGGCAGUAUGCUUAACAUUAUUAUAGACUCUGGUUUACCACUUUAAAAAAAUAAAAUAAAAUAAAAUAAUUACCAUCUAUUAAUGUCUUGGUAGCCAAGCAAGUAUUAACUGUUUAUUGUGCACUUUGGGAAAUUAAGAUUUUUUUUAUUUUCUUCCUAAGUUUUGGGCAGAUAUUUUAAAAGCGUUCCACUCUUGAUAUAUGUACAUCAUGUUCAAGUAUUCAUUUACUGUAUAUUUGAGUUUUUUUUUGUUUUGUUUUUUUUUUGAUUGAUUGAUUGCUAUUGUUUAGUCAACAGUGUUGGCCCUGUAAUCUGACAUUUAUAUAAGCACACUAGGAACUGAGGAGAGCACUAUUUUGUAGUAUUGGUUAUUUUCAGAAACAGUUGGCUUCUGUGGUACAGAAUUGUUAGUUCAGAUCCUCUGUGGCCUUUUACCUUCACUUUGUGAGCUCAGUUAGUUUUUAACACUCAGCCAAGACUACAGCUGCAUUAUUUCCAUUGCUUAUCUGUCAGAGUGUUUUUCAUUGGUUUGUGAAAUCAGCAUGUCUGUAUAGAGGAACAAGUAAGGUACGAUUUAUAAGAGCUCUAGAAAGAUGUUUGUAAUGCCGACUCCAUGUUUAGGGUGUGGGAUGCUUUGGAAAAGGGCUUUAUUAAUGGGGUACGAGGGGGUUGUGUUGCCUUAUAUCUGGUUGAAAUGCUGCAUUGUGCCAUUUUGUCUGCAAGCACAGAUUGAGGAUAAUCAAAUGUGCCAAUGUCUUCUCUUCAUCUCUUUUGUUACUCAAUUUCAGUUCAUUUUAUGGGCUAAGAAAGUGGUCGUGAAGAUAUCUCACUGCACGCAAAGCUUUUUGAAGAAGACCAGAUGUCCGGAACUGGAUUUGUGAGACUGAAAGUGAGCUGGAAUGCUGGACUGUAACAGGUUUUGAGAGCAGUAGGGCUCCCUCUACAGUUUUUGAGUAGUUUUCUUUCAGGCCAUUAAUACUUGUGUCUAUGCUGUACUAUUCGUGUGCAAUGGCAUAGAGGUUUCUAUAGUUUCUUUGCUUGAUUACUAUAUGCAGACAGGUUUAUAACAACACAUCUUCAACAGUUGCUAGAGAAAAUGGUUGACAAAACACUAAAGUAUAGUACAAAACCAAAACUCCUUAAAUUCCAAGUAUUUGCUGUUUAUCUUUUUUCACUUAAUGUCUGUAUCAUUCUGUACUGAAAUAAUAUAUAAUGACCUGCCUCACUUUCCCUUGCAAAAUAACAGUUAUAUUUUUCAAUAAAAGAAAAAGCUGAUAAACUUCA